AUGAAUGUCUUAGUUUGGAAUUGCCAAGGGGCGGCGUCCAAAGUUUUUCGCCGUACCCUCAAAAAUUACUUGCGUGAGUUUAAGCCUACCGUUUUGUGUCUCCUGGAGCCAAGAGUUUCCGGAGACAAUGCGAAUGAUAUAUGUUUUGCCCUUGGCUAUGAUGAAUGGCUAAGGGUUGAGGCUAUUGGUUUUUCUGGUGGGAUCUGGGUUUUUUGGAAGACUGACAUCGUGGUUCAAGUCUCCAAUACUCACCCCCAAUUUGUGCUACUGAGGGUUACAGAGGGUAGCAACCAACCAUGGAAUCUAUCCUUUGUCUAUGGUAGCCCUGACUACAUCCUUAGAAGGCAACUCUUUACGGACUUGUCUCAGGAGGGGUUGAAUUUUGAAGGACCUUGGUUGUCUAUAGGAGACUAUAACUCAGUGUUCGAGGGACCUCAAGUCACAUGGACCAGAGGACUGAGCUCAUCAUCGUUUAAAGCGGCAAGACUUGAUCGCGCUCUAUGUAAUGUGGAAUGGAGAAUGCUCUACCCUGAUGCGAGUGUAACCCACCUCCCUAUGGUCAGCUCUAACCAUUCCCCACUCCUUAUAAAGACUAUAAAGACGCAAGGAUCUGGAGUCUCAAGAAACUUCAAAUACAAUGCAGCUUGGACUUCGCACCCAGGGUUCAUGAACUUUGUCAAGGAUAAAUGGAAUAUUGACGAAGGACUGGAGCAAGCAAAGAUGGAAUUAGCUAAUGAUUUGUUAUCCUGGAACCACAGUACCUUUGGGAGUAUAUUCCAGAGAAAGAAAAGAGUUCUAGUAAGGAUCGAAGGGGUCCAAAAGGCUCUUGCAAACCGGCCAAGAUCGGACUUAAUCAAAUUAAACAAGAAGCUUCAGAAGGAAUUGGAAGAGAUCCUAAAUCAAGAGGAACUCUACUGGUUUCAGAAGUCUCGCGAGGACUGGAUAGCAUCUGGAGAUCGCAAUACAAGGUUCUAUCACGCAGCAACUGCAGCCAAAAAAGCUAACUCUAGGAUUACCACACUAAGGAACAACCGAGAUGAGUGGCUAACAUCUGAUGAGGAAAUAUUGAACCACAUUACAGACUUCUUUACCAACUUGUAUACAGAGGACAUGAGGGAGUCAAGACAAAUUGGGUGGAGGAGAUCCUUUCCAACCCUUCUCGAAGCAGACCGGGACUAUGUGAACGCUCCAUUCUCGGCCCUGGAAGUUAAGGAAGCAUGCUUCGACAUGGCACCUUGCAAGGCCCUUGGGCCGGAUGGCUACCAUGCUGGAUUCUAUUAA